AAAUCACUAAAUUCAACUGCUGUUGUAUCCCCCCCUCCCGCGAGUGGUACGUUCCGCGGGGUGGCGGAAGUCUCGCUCUGCCAUGUUGAGCGCUUUGUUUCUGUGAGUGAGACGCGAUGAUGGAGCAGAGCUGGAGCUCUUUCUUAUUCCAGCAGGCUAAUGAAGCCCUUCACCACCAGCACCAGGUGGCCCCGAACAGCCUCCUGCCACUGCUGAACUCUGAGCCGCAGGACCAGAAGCCUGUGAUGCCCAUUCCUCUGGACCACAAGCCCCCCGUCAGCGCCGCCGAGCUCCUCAAGGACAACGUAGCCAGUGGGACAGGGGGAGGAGGGGGUGGGAAUGCCGGAGGAGGUGGUCCAAUGCCCGUGAUCAAGAAAGAGCACAAGAGCAAGACGCCGUUCAUCUGCGGCUACUGCAACAAGGCCUUCCGUGACAGCUACCACCUCCGCCGGCAUGAGUCCUGCCACACCGGCAUCAAAAUGGUGUCCAGACCCAAGAAAACGGCGCAAGCAGCACCCACCAUGGUCCCACUCAUCUCCACCAUGUCCCGUGAGACCACGGGCGACCCUGCCUACAUCUCAACCAUUGCUGGCAUCCUUUCCACAGCGACUACUUCCACGUCCUCCGCUUCUACCAUCAUGUCCCCGAUGUCCAUGUCCAAUGUGACCCAACACAGUGCCCCCAAAAAGCCACCCAAACCCGUAAAGAAGAACCACGGCUGUGAAAUGUGUGGGAAAGCCUUCCGGGACGUUUACCAUCUGAACCGUCACAAGCUGUCUCACUCGGAUGAAAAACCAUUCGAGUGUCCUAUAUGCCAGCAGCGCUUUAAGAGGAAAGAUCGCAUGACGUACCACGUGCGCUCACACGAUGGAGGCGUCCACAAGCCUUACGUCUGUUCUGUGUGUGGAAAGGGCUUCUCGAGGCCUGACCAUCUCAGCUGCCAUGUGAAGCAUGUUCAUUCUUCAGAGAGACCUUUCAAAUGCCAAGUAACGGCCUGUACAUCAGCCUUUGCCACCAAAGACAGACUUCGGUCACAUAUGAUUCGGCACGAGGGGAAAGUCACUUGUAAUGUGUGCGGAAAGAUGCUGAGUGCCGCCUACAUCACCAGCCACUUAAAAACACACGGCCAGAGCAACUUCAACAAUGCCUGUAACAAAGGAGAUUGGCAGUGGAACCACUCAGGGCUCAGAAAAGACAGCAGUGAAGUCUGCAACUCUGCCUCCACCACGCCAGUUACAGCCACAAACCCCAUCACCACUGCAAUGAACCGCGGCAACACCAGCCACCCCGUUACCAUAGCAGCCCAGAUGAACAUCUCUACCAACACGGUCAACAUCACGUCUCCCGUCAACCUGCAGCACCCGGUUACCAUCACCGGCCCUGUGAACAUCGCAUCCGUCAACAUCCCAGCCACAGCACCCAUGAACAUCGCCCACCCAGUGGCCAUCACCACACCCAUGUCCAUGAACAUCGCCACCCCGCUUAACAUUGCCAUGAGAUCUAUGGACACUAUGCCCUUCCUGUCCCAAAUCUUGCCGUCUUCUCACUGGUAGAACCAGGGGCGCUGACCAGCAUUUUUGCCCUGACUGCCGUGCUACUGACACCUGAGUGGCGUGAACAAACCCAUCCCAUGGCUCCAUUGCAACACUAGCAGAAGAUUUGCACAGAUUUCCAACUCUCUCUGGCCUUCAAAUAUAUUCGCGUUUUGCGCACCUGGUGAGCAGCUCUGUAGCAGGGCAUUUCGCAAGCCCCUCUGAGCACUUCAAACCCCGAUGAUGGACGUUUUUAAGGACAAAUGCAAUAAUUGAUGUACAUUUCGAACACUUUUUUUUCAUAAGUAGAGUGCCGGUGGGUACUUCAAUAAUGUUGAAGUGUAACCUGCUAAUCAGUAUUUAAGGAAAUUCAUUUGAAAUGAACUGUUGCUUCCAUUGGGAGGGAGGACUUUAAAAAUAUUUUUUACAUUAUUUAGAUUUUGCGCAGGGGUGUGAGUGUGUGCGUGCAUUUGUAUGUGUGGCAACUCUGAAGCGGUACAGUAGAUAACUUUUUUUAUUAUUAUUAUUAAUGGUGUUCGUCAUGACACUGUUUACGAUUUUCAGUUUUUAUGAGGGGAGGGCAGCUUCUUUCACAUAUUGUUUACGUGGCCAUUGUUAGCUGUUGCAUGUUUUCUUUUUGUAUACAGAAGAAAACGUUUGGAGUAAGGAAAGAGAGUCUUGAACUGAAAGCAUAUCCCUAGUCUAAAGAGGCAGUAUUAUCUAAAAAUAAAUAUCACGAUGUGUCCCAAAUGGUGCACUUGAUGUGGUCACUAUGGUCUCGUGGCCUUUGUUUGUGCAGAUUCACAAAGUCCAUGAGAACACUGAGUAUCCCAUUUGUCAUUUUAUGAUUGAGAAAUGGUGUGGACUUAACAGCAGACUACUACUCGACAGCCUGUGCAGCAGUACUUCACCAAACUGUGGACUCGGAGAAGGACCGUAAGGGCCAAGUGUGUGUUAUUUGGGACAGGGAUUAUGAGCUGUAGAUAACCAGCUCAUUUAAUACAGCGCCAUCUGUUGGUUGGAGUACCACAUUGAUGCCCUUUAAAGGUUUCAUUUGGACUUUUGCCUGUUAGUAUUUUAUAACCUUGUUUUUAGUAUUUUUAUAUAAUGUUUGCAAGAUCCCUGUUCUAAAAAAAUGUUCUGCAAAGGAAAUGUCCUGAGAAUAUGAAACAAAUGUGAAUAAUUCCAGGAAAAUGCCUUGGCGUUAUUCAUGUUUGUAAAUAUAUUUCACUUUGUUUUUAUUUCUUUUCUUCGUGUGUGUUUUGUUUUAGGUUUUAUUUUUAUUUACUGUGCUUUUUUUGUUUGUUAGAUUUUUUUUGUUGUUGUUGUUAAAUGUUUUUUUUUUAACUUUUUUUAUUUAUUUUAAGAUUUUUUUUUAAAAAAUGUUUUAGUUUUUUUGUUUUGUUUUGUUUUGUUUUAAUGUGUUAUUUCAACAGCAGCACCAUCCUGCUCAUUUUAUUUGGCUAAAGUGUUUUGGAUUUUAUAGACUAUUGUUUCCUGUUACUAAAGCCCAGAAGCACCAUUUAACAUAAACGCAUGUCUUCAGUCUGAAAUAAUGGAGAAUGUUUACAGACUGCCUCUGGAAAUUUCUACACUGUGGUGGGUGGUUACGUGCUGGUCUGUGUGGACUAAAGCGUUUAAUAAUUUUGUGUUAAUGAGAACAAUAGUAUAAGUAGGAUGUGUGAGCUGUCAUUCACUACACGGAUCUGUCAUCAAUGUCAUGGAAUUUAGGUACAUUAAAUCAGCCACUUCCUGUGGAUGGAGCAGGUGCCAGAAAGAAGAGACUGCUGUAGUGAAAACACUAAUUAUUCGACUUGUAUGCAAAUUUUUUUUUUGUGGGUAGUUUUCCCGCCGCAGCCUGUGAUGUGAUGAUCUGGAGUGUCUGAAUGGAUGCCGUCCACCCCAGCACUGAGUCUCAGGAAGGGUAUGCUUUUUCCUGAUCAGACACAACGAAUCACUGAUCCGUGUGUGUGUGUGAAGCAUUUGAUUCUCCCAUCACACUAGAACAAACAAAAGCAUGUUUCUAUAGUUUAGUUUGUGGGAGAGUGAGAAUGCACAUUUAUGCAUUUCAUGGUAGAUGCAUUACAAUUGCCUCUUUUAUUUGCCAAAUUGAAACCAAUUAUGAAAUCCAAUGAAGUGAACAUUUUUGUAUUGAAUCUAAUGUUGUUUGUUUUGAUUCGUUUGAUGAACUGGAUGAUUUUUGGAGCCCCUGUGAAAGCGGUUGAAUGUAUAUGUUUGUACAGAAGUGUUUAGCUCAGAAGAUCUUAGAGAACAAAUAGAAAUGUGAGCGAAGAAAAGCAAAAUAACCUUUUUAUAAAACUUUUGUAUUAGUACAUUAACAAUGGUAAUUUUGUAUAUAUGAAGACUAGGCUUUCUGAGUAGCAGAAAGAAAAACAUUCCUACAUUUUUUUUAAAUGUAAGUUUGUCAGAAAUAAUUAUGUAAACAUGCGCAAUGUUUUAUGUGCCUUUUAUUUGGAUUGUCUAAAUAAAAACUGUAAAACAUGA